AUGGCUUCUCUGGAUAUCGUUAACUCCAUUUGGGGAAAGAAACUCAAUCAAGGGCUGUUCAGGGAGUUGAAGAUCAUGUUGUUAUCAGCUAAUGUCGUUAUCAAUGAUGCCGAGGAGAAGCAAAUUUGGAACACAAAUGUGAGGGCGUGGCUUCAUGAACUCCAAGCAGCAGUCUAUGAUGCAGAGGACUUCGUGCAAGUGAUCAACACUGAAGCUUUGCGAUGCAAGAUAGAAGCACAAUAUGGAAGCAGCAGCUCCUCAAGUCAUCAUCAGGUACUCAAACUGUUCACCAUGAAUACUACUUUUAAUGAACAGGUAGAAUCCAAGAUGAGAGAGAUAAUUGAUACGUUAAAAUUGAUUUUGGAUCAAAAAGUUCACCUUGGAUUAAAAGAAGGUACUGUUCAGACUAUAUCUUCAAAAAGAUUACCUGCAACUUCUUCUGUAGAAGAAUCUGGUGAUUAUGGUAGGGAUGAAGAUAAAAAAGCCUUUAUAGAGUUGUUGUUGCUAACAACAGAUAAGGGCAACAGUGAUAAUUUUUCUGCGAUUCCCAUAGUGGAUAUGGGUGGGAUUGGAAAGACCACCCUUGCACAACUUGUUUACAAUGAUGAAAGGGUACAGAAUUGUUUUGGUUUUAAAGCAUGGGUUUCUGUGUCAAAUGAAUUUGACAUUUUCAAAAUAACCAAAAUAAUAACAGAGAGAGUGACUAAUUCCCAAACAUUCCAUAAUAGUCAUGAUCUAGACCUGCUUCAAGUGAGACUCCAGGAGGCUUUGGAAGGGAGAAAGUUCCUUCUUAUUCUAAAUGAUGUUUGGAACGAGGAUUACUUUGAGUGGGAAGAGCUCAAGAAGCCUUUUCAAAGUGGAGCAUGUGGAAGUAAAAUUAUUGUGACAACACGCAAUGAAAGUGUUGCAUCGGUGCGUAAUAAUAAUAUCCCAUCUUAUCAGAUGCAAACAUUGUCUGAUGAGAAUUGCUGGAAAUUAUUUGUAAAGCAUGCCUUCAAUGAUGCAGAUCCAUAUGCCCAUUCAAAAUUAGUAGAAAUUGGAAGUCAAAUUGUCAAAAAAUGCAAAGGUCUUCUGUUAGCAGUAAAAUCUCUUGGUAGCAUAUUGCGAUAUCAACUAAGUUUGGAGGAAUGGGAGACUGUACUAAAAAGCGACAUGUGA